AUGUCUUUUAAAUCAAUCGUUUUUCUUCAACUUUUCAUCUUAUCAUUAGUUUACCUCAACACUGUUCAAGGUGGUGGUGAAGAAGAAACGACAACUACCACAACAACAAAACCGACCCCAGCUUCAUCUGCUUCUAAGUUUUCAGGCAACUUCCCAACAUGCUUGAUCUUCACGGUAUUCAGUCUACCUCUUGCCACUACCUUAGUUUGGAAAUUAACGCAAUGA